CUGGGUUCUAUCAAGUUAUAAAUAUAGUGUUAUAUUUAAUGCAUGUUUUGAGGUGUUAAAGUGAUCGAUUGAGAUAUAAUCACUACACAGGGAAAGAAAUCAGGCAGCUCUACAUUGACAAGAAGUCUUCAGAUUUUAUUUAAAAGCCUCUAAUAAAUGUCUCGGCAAUUUAACAUAAGAAUUUCGCCACAAGCAGGUUUGCCACCCGCUAGUUUCGUUUAUGUACUCAGCCAGUGAAGAUCAACUGUGUAUUUUUGUAAUUCGUUUGAAAUUCCAUGUACCUUUGUACAAAAGUUGUAAGAAUAAUAUCAGAGGAUGUCGCAAUUUAUCGAAGAAGAAGUUGCAAUUAAUCCAUUACGCGACCUUGUUAAGAUUUUUAAGAGCAAGAGACUUUAAUGUUGAUGGUGCUUACAGGCAGUAUAUUGCAACCUGGGAAUGGCGAAGGAAUAAUGAUAUUGACAACAUACUAACAACUUCUAGACCUCUUACUGAUGAAUUGAAAAAUAUAAUGUCAUAUGGAUUUCACAAAUUUGACAAAGAAGGCCGACCAUGUUAUAUUGAGAAAACAGGAAGGGUUGAUAUCGCUGCAUUCCUGCGGCUUCCAGAGGAUCAAAUUAUAAGAUGGCAUGUCUGGAACACGGAAAAGAAAAAAAAGCAAAUUCAACAAAUGGUUGAGAAGUCUAUAGAAUUAAAUAAAGAAAUCACAACAUUAGAUCACAUACAUGAUCUUGGGGGAGCAACAUUAAAUCUUAGAAAGGGCCUUAGUUUAUUCACUCGUCUUACAAAGUUAGAUCAAGAAUAUUACCCAGAGAGGGUUGGCAAGAUUUUUCUUGUCAAUACACCAUGGGCUUUUCCAUAUUUAUGGAAGAUUGCUAAGACAUUUCUAGACCCGAAAACCCGAGACAAAUGUGUUGUUUUAAAUUCUACGGAAAUGAAGAAAAUGCUAGAUUACUUUGAAGCAGAAGAUCUUCCUGAAGAGUAUGGUGGAACUUGUUGUUGCAAAAAUGGUUGCCUUCCUGAAGUGCCCAAACACAUGCUUUCAAUUGAUGAGGAUCCUGAACUGACAGAAGAAUAUAUUGCGGCUAAGAAAAGUUUCUCACUCAAAAUCGAAUGUGACGGCAAGAAUGAAUCUAUCGGGUGGUUUUACAGGAUAUCACAGAAAGACAUCAAGUUUGGUGUGUCAUUUCUAAAACACAGCGAAGAUGAGAGUCUGAAAAAGAAUGAGGAGUGGAUUUUUAAACCGGAUUACCCAUUACACAGUAGUAAACCUAAUGUUGGAUUUCAUCAUUGCUCAUCACCUGGUACUUACACUCUAAUAUGGGAUAACUCUCAAUCAAGAUUCUUAUCACGUACAUUAAAAUAUCAUGUUAUGGUAUCAGAGAGCUUAUCAAAUGAGCAGAGCAAUGGAUCAACAAACCUAAUCAAUAAUGUGGAGCAUUAGAAUGAAAUUACUGGUUCAUGGAUGCUUCAUGGUUGUACGUAAGCAGUUCAGAUCAAAUGAUAUGGUGGGCAAUGUCAGAUGUUUGACAAUAAAGAGACUUUCCUCAAAUGGUUGCAGUCCAGGAAUUCUAAUAGAACCUUCUUUUGAGUUGGUACAAAUUCUUCUUUCUUACAAUUAAGUAGUGUGUGUUAUGGAGGGGAGCAUCUUCAAGGAAAUAGUGACCAAAGAGGUCACUAUUCAAAUUUAAGCUCUCAAAUAGGAUUUUCUGGCUCUGAAGACUCUGUAUGCUUUAAUGUCAAAGCAUCUAAAAAUAUUGGCAAUAUAGCAAGAACAGGAAAGCCAAUAAUAGGCACUCUUGUGUAUGGCCUUACAAAAAUUUUAUAUAAAUGAUAUAAUAAUUGAAGAAUGUAUAGAAAUGGUUAUCAAUUUAUCAUUUAGCAAUGUUUGCUAGCUGGAUAUAACCACUCUAUUUAGACAAUUUUAUAAAUUGACAACCAGUUUCGUUUUUUUUAAAUCCUACAUAGCUACUGGAUUUGGUUUUAUAUUUUGUAUUUAAAUAUUUCCUAGAAAUGAUAUUUAUAAGAGAUUGUUAUUAUA